AUGGGUCAUGUCAGGACUAAGAUGGUCAAGAAAGCUGCCCUAGUGAUCAUUAAGAAAUACUAUGCCCGCCUUGGCAAUGACUUCCACACCAACAAUAGGGUCUGUGAGGAGAUUGCCAUCACCACCAGCAAGAAACUUCGCAACAAAAUUGCAGGGUAUGUGACACACUUAAUGAAACGUAUUCAGCGUGGGUCUGUCAGAGGCAUCUCUAUCAAACUGCAGGAAGAAGAGCGGGAGAGGAGGGAUAACUAUGUCCCAGAGGUUUCCACUCUGGAUCAGGAGAUGAUUGAGGUGGACCCAGAUACCAAGAAGAUACUUAAGCUGCUGGACUUUGGCAGCUUGUCCAAUCUGCAGGCCACACAGCCUUCAGUAGGAGUGGCAUUCAGGACUCCAAGGAUCUAA